ACUGACGAUUAUGCCGUCGAACUGUUUUAUAAACGCAAUAUCACACUCGUAGCAGUGCGAUAUGGUAAUAUCGUCACUGGUGAGACACUAAGGCUCUCAGUCUGCAGUCAACCCAUGCCUCCCACCAGUUAUUUCUUUUAAAUAAGUGUAAGUAACUUUUAUUUCUAUAAUAACUGAAGAACAUAAAUCCCAACAAAUCUGUUAUUUUACUGUUGCGAUGUCUAUUACAUUUUGAGAAAAUGAGAGGAAGUUUUGAAAGUCAUAAGUGUUUUCUUAAGUUAUGUUUUGAAUGAAAAUAAUACACAAGGUGCAUUUUACACGUAGACUGUAAAAAAAAUUAUAUGUCUCAUAUUUCACACCAGAGACCAGUUGAAUUACCGUGCUGUUUUUUUUUUAAGUACCGUGCUGUCCAAAAAGGCCACCGUACAACUCGUGACGUCACCAACAACAACAUUAUUGUCUGUCUGUUUAGCUCCGCUUCGUCUUGACACGCUGAAUGAUAUAUUAGCCAAACAUCACGUAUUUUACUCAAUUCAUAAAACAACUGAGCUAGUACUACAGUCAUAUCAACAGUACGCGAGCAUUUGCCAUUACGAGCGCCCGAAGGAGAUUAAUUUCCUCUCGCGUUUCCAACUGCCAAGCCGAUGUCAUGAGCUCAAUGCUAACGCGGAUUUCAUCGUCAGGUUUUAACGUUACAUCGCCGACCGUCAAAGUGUGAAACUCAGUCUACAGACCGCUCACGUGUGCACUCAGUACUGAAUAGGAAAUACAAUACCCGAUAUAUUAAUCGAGAUGCGGGGUCGUUAAUGUCAUGGUCACUGUUGAGCAUCCAGCGAUCAGUUCCUCUCUGUAAACCGAGCAGAUCAGACACACAGGCAGGAUGUCUGACACGCUAGUCAUCACUUUCCAGACUCGGCUCUCCGCGGUGAUGGAGACCGUCCUGAAGACCACCAUGUACGAGAUCACCCGGCUGGUGGAGGAGAGCUUCGUGGAGCAAAUGGACCGGGGCAAGCGGGAGGCGGAGGUGCUGAAGCGGAGGCUGAUCGUGUCCGAGGCCAAGCUGAGGGAGCGGGAGAGGUUUAAGAAGGUGAGGUGUGUGGACUGCGGUCGGACAGCAGUGUCCCGGAGGAGGUUACUUCAUGUCAAAGGCCCUGAAACACAGAAUAAUUUGGACAAUGCGCUUGUUGUAAAGCAGGAAAAUGCCUCUGACAGUAGCUGGAGAUGCAGUCCCAAAGGAAGCACAAAUCAGGAGAAACCUUCAGCAACUCCAGAACCAAAACAGAAUGCUGUUCAGCAGGCAGUGUGUGAACCAAAACCUGCAGGAGAAGUGAAAGAAGAAACGAAAGAGCCCAGAGACACACAAUUGUGCCUAAAAAUACACUCUCAGCUACACAAACAGAAAGAUCCUCAGAGCAGUGUACAAGAAACCAACGGCCUCCGCAGCGCAGAUUCAACAGUCACGUCUUGCACUGAACUUGACGAGGACGAAGCCAGACACCGAAGCCCCACAAAAUGGUUCAACUCCAAAACAGACCCUCGUUCGGCACUCGUUUCGCAGCCAGAACCAGAAACUCCAUGCUUGAGACCCCAAAUGGCUGACUCAAGUCCCAUUAAACAAGAAGUUGUGGUGAUGCUUCCAUCAGAUUGGGAAGACAUGGAGAUCAGGCCUCACAACAGUGCUAAGAAAACACAUCUCCCACCUUCAGCCAGAGUUCAGGAGCGAGUCUCAUUCCCUCCUCCACCACCACCUGUCAAACGUCAAAUCGUUCCAACGCAAGCCAUGCAGAAUCUCAGAGUACCCGUCAAGAAGAACACCAAAAUCGUUGUACAUCCCAAUGCGGCAAUGAGCGAUCAUGGAGCUGUAGAUCUAAACCGAAGCCUUCCUGCGCCGAAACUCUCUCAAGUCCGUCAGUAUCCUGAAGGAGCGGGCGAAAGAAGCUUCAAUACUAUGAAUCCUGGAAGAAGUUUGCCUCCAGUGGUCAAUAUGAGGGUCCAAGUGGACGCCCGGAAUAUUUCAGCAAAGACUACGCAUAAUUGCAGCCAGUGCGGAAAAGGCUUCUCUCAUUUGUGUCACCUCCGAGCGCACCAGCAGAUCCACACAGGCGAUCGGCAGUUCUGCUGCACCAUCUGUGGGCGGAGCUUCACCAAACUGAGCAACCUGAAAGCGCACCGGAGGGUCCACACGGGCGAGAGACCCUACAUCUGUGCAGACUGCGGGAAGAGGUUCACGCAGAAAUGCAACUUAAAGAGACAUCAGAGAAUUCACUCUGAAUUCACCCACUCCAGCGUAUGACCGAAUACGGUUGUGUUACACAUUACACAUGCUAAUCAGUGUUGUUUUGGUUAGCGGUUAAAUUAUUUUUGAUAUCAUGCAUCCCUAACCUUGUGUUCUUAAAAACGUGUUUUUUUUGUUUGUUUUUUUUUGCAGUGACUGGAUCACUUGAGGCAAAUACUGGUUAUAUUGUGAUAAAUCUAAAUAUAUUGAAGCGGAUAACUUUCCUAGUUAAGGCAGGUGUAAUGCUACACAGUGCAAAUUCUGAUCGUCAGUGUAAAGGUCUUUGCACACUGAGGUCCGAAAUUUUCAAAUGCGUUUUUUCGUAUUGAUAUGCGAAAUAGUCAUCACGUACACAAAAUUUGCACAAUGAGGGCUAUUCUUUUAAGGAUCUAGGCGCAAAGUCUAAAGCGCAUAGCGCAAAAGCAUUAAUGGCAUGUCCCGAAUCUACUUUUGCUAUUUUAAAUACGAAAAAAAAAGGUUUGUGCCGCUGCGCAUAGUCUAACAGGGUUGUGCUUAUUCUCUUGAUGAGUUAUGGGUGUGUUUGGAGAAUAACCUGCAUUAAACAGGUUAAAAAUCAGUUUCAUUUCUCAUUCCAUUUAAGAGUCAUUUGCAUCACGCCAUGGCGCAUUUGCUAUUUACAUGGCAGACUUUGUAAGUGUAAAAACUGAACGCUUAACUAGCGAGAAAACAGUUGAACAGACCAUCUGCAGCGCAAGGAUAAAGAACAAGCCUCCUCCAUUCGGCCUUUAUUUUCUCGUUCUCUUCAAUUUUACUCUUACUUCUUUACUUUCGUGGAUAAGGAAACUUGUUGUACCCACUCGACUAAAGACAUCAUUUGCCUAUUCAUUUAAUUUUAUUUGUUAAGCGCAAAGAUUUGUUUCUAAAUUCAACUUUAAUUUCCAGCAAACAAAAAAAAAAAAAUGAAAAUAAC